AAUGAAAAUGAAAGAGCACCAGAAAGCUUAACCGGCGUCGUUUAUUUAUCGUUCUGCCUCUUGGCGGCAAUGGUAACCAACUUCAUGUCAAACUUAUACAAGUCGGCGAUAAAAAAAACAAAAGAUUUUGAAUUCUUACUGAGCAAGCCAAAAUGGGAGUUCACGGUCUAUGGGAACUGCUAGCUCCCGUCGGCCGCCGCGUGUCCGUCGAAACCCUAGCCGGAAAGAAACUCGCCAUCGAUGCAAGUAUUUGGAUGGUUCAAUUCAUGAAAGCGAUGCGAGAUGAGAAGGGAGAAAUGAUUCGAAACGCGCAUUUGUUAGGGUUUUUUAGGAGAAUUUGCAAACUUUUAUAUCUAAAAACUAAACCUGUUUUCGUCUUCGACGGUGCCACACCUAUUCUCAAGCGCCGCACCGUCAUUGCUCGACGUCGACAGAGAGAAAACGCUCAGGCUAAGAUCCGUAAAACGGCUGAAAAAUUGCUUCUAAAUCAGCUAAAGCAAAUGAGACUGAAAGAGUUGGCAAAGGAUCUUGACAACCAGAGGAAAAUGCAAAAGAAUAAUAAUAAGGAUAAGGGUAAGAUGGUUUCUUCAGAUAACCAAUCUGACACUAACUUUGUGGGAUGUAAUGCCAAUGUGGAAUUGACAAAAGAAGGUGACGUAAAGCUGAAAGAAAAAUUGGAAGUGCCUAGUAUUGCAAAGGAUGGGGGUCACAACGAAGAUGAAGAUGAAGAUGAAGAUGAAGUGAUAAUACUGCCAGAUAUUGAUGGAAAUAUUGAUCCUGAUGUUUUAGCGGCAUUGCCACAAUCAAUGCAACGACAGCUUCUUAAGCAGGGUAAGAAGAUUUUAUUAAAUGACCUGAAUCAAUCUAACAAGGAGAGGAGUGGCACAGAACACGAUGCUAUGACAUCAACUAGUUACAGUCAGGAAAAGCUGGAUGAAAUGUUGGCAGCAUCUCUUGCAACCCAGGAAGAUAGCAAUUUAGCUAAUGCAUCAACAUCAGUUGCAGCCAUCCCUUCUGAGGACGAUGGUGAUGAAGAUGAAGAGAUGAUACUUCCAGCAAUGCAUGGGAAUGUUGAUCCAGCUGUUUUAGCUGCUUUGCCUCCAUCUCUGCAACUUGAUCUUCUUGGUCAGAUGCGGGAAAGAUUGAUGGCUGAAAAUAGACAAAAGUAUCAAAAAGUUAAAAAGGCACCUGAAAAGUUCUCCGAGCUACAAAUACAGUCUUAUCUUAAAACUGUUGCUUUCCGUCGAGAGAUAGAUGAAGUUCAGAGAGCUGCUGCUGGGCGAGGGGUUGCUGGUGUACAGACUUCCAGGAUAGCUUCUGAAGCCAACAGAGAAUUUAUUUUUUCAUCAUCAUUUACUGGAGACAAACAGGCACUUACGUCUGCUAGAAAAGAGAUUGAUGAAGAUAAGCAACAAGAGAGACAUUCAGAUCAUCCUUCAGGUUUUCUGGGUAGUGUUAAAUCAAGCUGUAAGUCCAAUGUGGCGGCAGAAUCAGUCCCUGAUGAAUCUACUAGUGCUCCUGAUGAAGAUGUUGGGACAUAUGUUGAUGCGACAGGCCGUAUACGUGUCAGUAGAGUGAGAGGUAUGGGAAUUCGUAUGACUCGUGAUUUACAAAGGAACUUAGAUUUGAUGAAAGAGAUUGAGAAGGAAAGAACAAAUUUGAAUAAGGGUGUGAAUGUGAAGUCUGUUCCAGAUAAGAGCAAAAUUGAUGCUUCAAAGAGUGUAUCUAAUGGAAAUCAGUUUGUAGAAACUUCACAUGAUGAUAAUGGUGAAUCUGUAAAUGUGAAUGAGAGCAAUCAGCAGUCUGCUUUUGAAACUGAAUCUUGUAUGGAAAUAACUUUUGAGGAUGAUGGAAAGACGGAGUAUUUUGAUGAUGAUGAUAUUUUUGCACGCUUAGCAGCAGGUGAACCUGUAACACUACCUUCUCCUGAGGAAAAAUCUUUGAGAAAGCAGCCUUCGGGUUCUGAUUCAGAUUUUGAGUGGGAGGAAGGAGUGGUUGAAGGAAAAUGGGAUGGUGUUACUCCUGGUAUGAAUGCUGAACAUAAUCUUUUGAAUAAGGAAAGCAAUAUUACUGAUGAUAGUGAAGUGGAAUGGGAGGAAGAGCCUUCUGAUGCUCCCAAGAGUUCCUCUGGACCUGUUGAAUCAGGUAGAAUGCUCUCUAAAGGUUACUGGGAAGAGGAGUCUGAUCUACAGGAGGCAAUAAGGAGAAGUCUAACAGAUGUAGGUGUUGAAAAAUCUAAUUCUUUUCCUUCUGAUGUUAUUGAAUCAAAAAACUUAGGAGAAAACUUGGAUGAAGAUUUUGGAUCUCUGCACGAGAAAGGUGAUACAGGUGCAAGUAGUUUUCCAGGGGAUGCUGUUAAUUGGCAGAAUAAGUCUUGUGAAAAUUUAGAUAGACCCCGGAAGCCAUGUACUGUGAAUGAACCAAGUAUAUCAGAAACCUUUAAUUCUCCUGAGAGCCCAUCACCUGUACAUAAUUCUGAUAAAAACAUGACAAUAUUGAGUAAAUUUUCUGAAAGAUCUGAUGGUUCUCAUUCUGAGCAAUCAAGGCACAAUGAAACUGCAGAAUUUGUUGCAACACUGGAGAAGGAGGUCGAUUUUCCUACUGGGAAACACUUGGAUGUUUCUAAGGAGGUUGACGGGUUGUCUACCAUCUCUGACAGUUGGUUUAAGGAUAAUUCUCAUAGUUUUGAUGCAGCACAUGGUGACAUUCCUGAUACCAUUCAGGUUGAUAAGAAAACUGGUUCUGAAGAUGAACCAUCUAACCUGGUCAGUGACAAUAAAAGUAGUAUUGAAGCUGAAAUUCUGGAUCAAGAUAAGAAAAUUGAUUUUGAAGCUAAACCAUCGCAGCAAUCAGUUGACACAGUUAACUUAUCCAUUCCCACGGUGCAGUCAUCUGCAAAUAAAGUAAUAUCUGAUCUUCACAUUGAGCAAGAACUGUCAGGGGAUAUAACUUAUGAAAAUUGUGUCAACAAAGCAGAGCAGCAUACAGACAUGUCUACCAUUAAGGGCAAUGAUAAUGAAGAAAUUAAGUUCUCAAAGGCUAGCUUGGAUGAGGAGCUGCUAAUUCUAGAUCAGGAAUGUAUCAAUAUGGUAGAUGAGCAGAGGAAGCUUGAACGUAAUGCAGAAUCUGUCAGUAGUGAAAUGUUCGCAGAGUGUCAGGAACUGCUGCAAAUGUUUGGCUUACCCUACAUUAUUGCACCGAUGGAGGCAGAAGCUCAAUGUGCUUAUAUGGAGCUAACAAACCUUGUUGAUGGUGUUGUCACUGAUGAUUCUGAUGUAUUCUUGUUUGGGGCACGAAGUGUUUACAAGAAUAUAUUUGAUGAUAGGAAAUAUGUGGAGACUUACUUUAUGCAGGACAUUGAGAAGGAACUUGGUUUGACAAGGGAAAAGUUAAUGCGAAUGGCAUUGCUUCUUGGGAGUGACUACACUGAAGGGGUUAGUGGAAUUGGUAUUGUUAAUGCUAUUGAGGUAGUGAAUGCAUUCCCAGAAGAAGAUGGACUUCAUAAAUUCCGGGAGUGGAUUGAGUCCCCUGAUCCUACUAUCUUGGGGAAGCUCAAUGUGCAAGAAGGAUCUAGUGCAAGGAAAAGAGGGCCAAAAUCCACAGAAAAAGAUGUAAAUGGUACAAAAACCAGCACGAGAGGAUCUGAAAGCAACAAUGGAACGUCUUCACUUGACCAGAACAGUUUUCAAGCUGACAAGAACAUGCAGUCUACAGAUUGUACCGAUGAUAUAAAGCAGAUUUUCAUGGAUAAGCAUAGAAAUGUGAGCAAAAACUGGCACAUACCCUCAUCAUUCCCAAGUGAAGCAGUUAUUUCUGCAUAUUCUUUGCCACAAGUAGAUAAGUCAACUGAACCAUUCACAUGGGGAAGGCCAGAUCUUUUUGUUCUUCGCAAACUGUGCUGGGAGAAGUUUGGAUGGGGUAGUCAGAAAUCAGAUGAGUUGCUGCUGCCUGUUUUAAGAGAGUCCGAAAAACGAGAGACUCAAUUGCGAAUGGAAGCCUUUUACACUUUCAAUGAAAGAUUUGCUAAAAUACGUAGCAAGAGAAUUAAGAAAGCUGUUAAAGGAAUCACUGGAAACCAAUCCUCGGAGUUGAUAGAUGAUGGCAUGCAACAAGUUUCUAAAAGUAGGAGAAAGAGAAGAGCUAGUCCAGUUCAAAGUGGAGAUGAUAAAUCAGGGGAACCUUCAAACAAGAAAGAGGACAUUGCUUCUCGAUGUCAGAGUAAAUCCACGGACAAAUCAGUGCCUAAGACAUCAAGGAAACGGCAGAGCUCUGGAAAGGAUGUUUCAUUUGAGAUGAGAACUCCAGAACCACAACUGCAGACGUUGCGCAGGCGAGAAACCAACAAACAAUCAGCUGGGAAUGGAAGAGGUAGAGGUGGUGGGGAAGGAAGAAGGCGUAAAGGAAGUUCUGGUUUUCAGCAGUUUGAAACCAGCUCUUCUGGUGGUGAUAGCGGCAAUGUUAACCAGGAAGUUGAUGGGGAGAAGUUAGAUCAGCCACGGGAAGUGCGAAGGUCCAUGCACACUCGAAACCCUGUGAAUUACACUGUGAAGGACCUAGAAGACGAGGGUGGCUUGAGCCAUAAAGAAUCCUCUGGUGAAGAUGCAAUGGAGAAAGAAGCUGGUGAAGAUGUAAAGGAAAAGAUUCAGUGUGAAGCUAGAGAGCCUUCUCUUGACAACAUCUAUGGAGACUAUCUCGAAACAGGAGGCGGAUUUUGUAUGGACGAGAGAGGAACUGAUCUACCUGAUGCUAACCAAGACGUUGAUCUUGAAACUGAACCAACUAAUGAUUACCUGAAAAUGGGAGGUGGAUUUUACAUGGAAGGAGACAUUGAUCAACCUGAUACAAGCCAAGAUGUCAAUCCCUUUUCUGAAACCGGAUCAGCCAAUGAUUACCUGAAAAUGGGAGGUGGAUUUUGCAUGGAAGAAAGUGAGACAAUCGGUAACCCAGAUGCCGGUAACUAUGAAGAUCCUGUACAAGCUACUGAGUCUUCAAACUGCUUUGCUUUUAUGGACAAAGCUGACGAUAACAUUGAUUCAGCUGAACCAUCUGUCAAUGCUGAAGGAUCACUACUGGAUAAACUUCAAAAUGGAGGGAAGACACCUGAUGAAGCAAAUGAUGCUCUGAAUCUAAACCAUCGGAAUGCUGCAAAUAAAGAUGAUUCCAAGGAAAGUGCAUCACUUCCGGAGGCAAGUGAUGUCGGAACAACAUUCAUCAGUGGUCUAAGCGCAAUGCCUAGCUUGAAGAGGAAGCGCAGGAGGAGGUAAACUGCAGUCUACUUUCUAGCUUUUCUAUACAGCCUGGGAAUUAGUCAUGCUAAACUGACAGUAGGAUUCGUUAUUGAAGCUUGCAUAUGUAGCCAUCCAUUGUAGACUUUGAUUGAGUUGCGAAAUCGCAACAAUAUCCAUCCUUAUAAGCUAACAGGAUUAAAGCUA